CAGAUCAUGGGUUGUUUGCGAAUAAGAAACUAUGUACAUCUGACAGUUUUAAUCAAGGCCGAUGGAUCCAUCAAGAGAUAGGACUCUCAUCUCACAGUGUAGAAGGUAUCAAUGCACAUAGUGGAUACCAUUGCAACUGGGAUUUCCCUCAUCGAUGCUAUCGAAGAACUGAACCAGCCACUGAAUUCAAUCGAAGCAAAGCCAUUGGGUGACUCUAUCACGCAACUGAUGUUUGAAAGUGAUACGCAUAUGUGGGCAAGCCAACUUGUACAUCAAGAUAUAUCAGACCAACAAGAGGCUGUCACAGUUGCCUAUAUUCGAUCAGAUUAUCUACUCAAACUAGACGAUUUCAGUUUGAUCAAGCCAAAUGAAGGUGAAGGAUAUCAGAUUGGCGUAGGCAGCAAUUUCCCUUGGGUACAUGCUAUUCCUCGCUUCAAGUAUAUCAUGAUCAAUACAAUCUGAAAUGGGGGCCCAACAAAGAUAGAAAAGAACUGUUGGAGGCAUUCACAAUAGCCAUGAAAAAAGUAUUUGGUUACCUAAAGCAACAUGUCAAGCCAGAUCAAAUUGUUUGGGUCAGAAGUACACCUUAUGGACAUGCUGCAUGUUC